CACUGACGUAUUUAGAUAAAUACCUCAACUUCUAUUGAAUUAGUUUCAAGUAAUUCGUUCCUUUGAUUUUAUUAUACUUUAAUAAGUCAAAAAUAAAUUCCUGCCCUUUAUAAGUUUCUAAUUUUCUACGAGAGCUGCCGCUUGAAGUCCGAUAAUAUAACUUACUCACCAAUACCGUGAGUAAUUCUUUCCACCCUCUUUUAAAAUCCCUUGAACUAAUUAUACGUUUGCCCUUUCCAUUAAUUGAAAACCAUUUGUGUGUGGGUAAUUUACUAUAUAAACUAAGUGAUUGAAUUCCAACAAGAAGCGAAAAGCAAAAUCUUAAUAUUAAGAAUACAUUAGUCUAAUUACACACUCAUAGAGAUAAAAAUUUCCAAGUUAUGACCCCAUCUAUUGAAGUUUUCCAGGAUGAUUCAAGACAAUUUUUAGAAUCUAAUUUUAUUGAUCAUCCGAUCAAAAAUUCUGAAACAACUAUCAAGGUCAAUAAAGAUGUACAAGCCAACCAACCAAGUACGUACUUGGUUGGAGAAGCAUUGUUGAACCACAUUGCCACUAUUGAUCAUGAUAUUUGUGAAGCUGGUGAGGAAGAUUCAUUUUUCGUUGCAGAUAUGGGUGAAGUUUAUCGUUCUUUUUUAACUUGGAAGAAUAAUUUACCACAAGUUCAACCAUAUUAUGCCGUUAAAUGUAAUACUGACCGAAAAGUUAUCGAAUUGUUAGGUAACUUAGGAGUUAAUUUUGAUUGUGCUUCAAAAAAUGAGAUUGAUACUGUUUUAAACUUGGGUUUUGAUGCUAAUCGAAUCAUCUAUGCCAAUCCUUGUAAAACCAAUUCUUUUAUUAGACAUUCACAAGAGUCCAAAGUUAAUUUAACAACUGUUGAUAAUUGUCAAGAAUUGUUGAAGUUAAAGAAAUUUCACCCAAAUUGUGAUAUUUUAAUUCGUAUUGCAACCGAUGAUGAAACUGCUCAAUGUAGAUUAUCAACCAAGUUUGGAUGUUCAGUCAAUGCCGCAUUGACUGAUUUAUUACCAAUGGCUAAAGAAUUAAAUUUGAAUGUUAAAGGUGUUGCAUUCCAUGUUGGAUCUGGUGCAAAAGAUUUAACUUCAAUUUUCAAAGCAAUUAGAGAUUCAAAAAAAAUAUUUGAUAUUGCUAUUCAUCAAUUUGAAUUUGAUAUGUCAAUUUUAGACAUUGGUGGUGGAUUUGAACAUGAAUCUUUCAAUGAAUCAUCAAAAAUGGUUACCCAAUCUUUAAAUCAAUUUUUCCCAGGUGAUUUUAUCAAACAACAUCAAAUUAAAUUGAUUGCUGAACCAGGUAGAUUCAUGGUUGCAAAUGCUUUCACCUUGGCAACUCAUGUCAUUGCUCGUAGAGAUUUAUCCAAUGAAAUUAAAUCGACUACUAAUAUCGAAGCAAUGAUUUAUAUUAAUGAUGGUGUUUAUGGUAAUUUGAAUUGUAUUUUAUUCGAUCAUUAUAAUCCAAUUCCAUACGUAUUAACCCAUAGAAACAAAUCAUAUUUUGGAUUUGAAAACGAUGCCAAUGGAAAGGGCAAUCAUCGUUUUUCAAUUUGGGGCCCAACUUGUGAUGGUUUAGAUUGUGUUUCUAAUGGUUCUAAUUUAAUGGCUAAUGUUGAGGUCGGUGAUUGGUUAUACUUCCCAAAACUUGGUGCCUAUACCUCAACCGCCGCUACUUCUUUUAAUGGUUUCAAAGCAGUGGCUCAUACCAUUUAUGUUAGCUCUGAAGACCUUUCAGAUUAUGGUUUUUGA